GAGCAGGCGGAGGAGGAGGGGCGGGGGGGUCUCCGGGCCGGGACGGCCGGGCCCCAUGGGCGGGUGUGUGGGCUCUCACCACGACUCUUCGGGCAGCCUCAAUGAGAACUCGGACGGCACCGGAGUUGCCCUUGGCCGUAAUCAGCCCCUGAAAAAGGAGAAACCAAAAUGGAAAAGUGAUUACCCCAUGACAGAUGGACAGCUACGUAGCAAGAGAGAUGAAUUUUGGGACACAGCACCUGCUUUUGAAGGCCGAAAGGAAAUCUGGGAUGCCUUGAAGGCUGCAUCACAUGCGUUUGAGAACAAUGAUCAUGAACUGGCACAAGCAAUCAUUGAUGGUGCAAAUAUAACUUUACCACAUGGUGCUCUGACAGAAUGCUAUGAUGAACUGGGAAACAGAUACCAGCUUCCUGUCUACUGCCUUGCCCCACCCAUCAACAUGAUAGAAGAGAAGGGUGAUCUAGAGACUCUGGAUUUUCCGGAUCCACCGCCUAACUCUGGUCACGAAUGCCAGCUUCGUUUACGCCUCUCAACAGGCAAAGACCUCAAACUUGUGGUCCGCAGUAUGGACACUGUGUAUCACAUGAAGAGACGACUACACGCAGUGGAAGGCGUAGAACCUAGAAGUCAGCGAUGGUUUUUUUCAGGCCGGCCACUCGCAGACAAAAUGAAACUGGAGGAACUGAAAAUACCAAGGGAUUAUGUGGUGCAAGUAAUUGUGAGCCAGCCCUUAACAAAUCCCGUCUUGGUGGAGAACUGAU